GGUGGACCCCCGGAACCUGAGAUCCCAUCUGCUCUCGGCGGAUACGGCAAAUGGAUCAUACGAUUUUACAAAUCACAGCGAAAAUUAAGGUUAGUACGUCUAUCUCCAAUGGUUGCAGCAUCCCUGUACGUAGGGAUCCCUCAGUCCUCGUAUGCCUCCCCAUACAACGGAGAGGGAGAUAUUCUUGAGGCAUAUUUAUUCUACUUGAGGGAUCUACUCCACAGGGAAGGUUAAUCAAUUAGGGAGAGGUCUAACAACAGGGUCGGAUGCGCCUUUGGUCAAGAUGCAGGGCGCGCCAUGGAUUGCGAGGUACAACAAGAAAGUCUUCUUGAUUAAGGCGUUUUUUUGAUUUUACUAAAAAAAGGAAUCUACUUGAUUGCGUUGCCUCUCUUCUACAUGAUCCUUUUUUACCCUUCUAAGUAGUCAAUCUACCAAAUAAACCUACAUUCCAAAUAUGUUUUACUAUAUCACCCAAUCCUUAGUACACUAGUCGACUUGACAACCAAGAUGGAAAUGAAUGAUUAAUACAUAGAACAAGGUCAAGAAUCAGGUUGCUCCUCCUCUCGGUCCUCCUCUCCUCUGAAGGAAGCAUGUAAAUGAAAUCAUGCUGCAGAAGUCUUUAACUUGAAGGGAGACGAGGAAUCUUCGGAGAAUGGGCCAGCCUUGUUGGACUUCGAUAAUCGAAUGUUAAGGCUAGUUUUUCGCUAUCCCAUGUGGACUAUGCUCCUGAGUGGGUGGCCCCCUCUGAUUUCAAGGCGCAGCUUCCGAGGGGAAGAGAGGGAAGGCACGACUCACACCGAGUGAUACAUAUGGAAAAACUAGCGCUAAGAAUGAGCGGGAAGGUGCAGCUUGAGCAAACGACCAAUGAGAGGUCAAGGGAAACUUUAGACUCAAAGCAUUGCGCUGUUUUUAUGACGUCAUGGGCAUGGCUACAUUUGGGUCAUUUCCUCGUAUGUAGAUGUUGGUGACGUAAGUGGUACUUCCUGGAAGCCAAUGUUUGAAUGUUGUCCAAUACUCAACCCUGCAGAGGUUGAAAUAAAAAACUGUACUGCUGAUUAGAAUGAACUAGAUGAAUUUGCUACUUAUACUAAAAACCGGGUAGGGGUAUCAGUUCCAUUUGAGCAAAAGGACUAUGAGGCUACAACUUCUAUAUUCAUAGGUGGGGUUGGACGAGAAGAAGAUCUUGCAGAGAUGAAAAAGUAACACAAGUGGUCCUCUCGAGAAAAAGAAAAAGUACAUACACUACACCCCGCGAGUCGGUACAUCAAUCAAUGAAUGAAUCAAUACACCGCCUGGAUGAUCUAAUAUUGGAUGCUCAAUCAAUACACCUCUAAUAUUCUCCUCUCCUGGAAACAGCAAAUCGCUUACUUAGUGGAAACUCGAUUUCGACAGUUAUGGCGGACUUUUUUGAGGUCGAAUCCGUGGCCCCUAUACGAGGACGCUGCAGCAAAGAAGUAUGCGUGUAUUAUGGCUGUAUCAUAGAAAUAGCAAAGAAGUAUGCGUGUAUUGUGGCUGUAUCAUAGAAAUAGCAAAGAAGUAUGCGUGUAUUGUGGCUGUAUCAUAGAAAUAGCAAAGAAGUAUGCGUGUAUUAUGGCUGUAUCAUAGAAAUAGCAAAGAAGUAUGCGUGUAUUAUGGCUGUAUCAUAGAAAUAGCAAAGAAGUAUGCGUGUAUUAUGGCUGUAUCAUAGAAAUAGCAAAGAAGUAUGCGUGUAUUAUGGCUGUAUCAUAGAAAUAGCAAAGAAGUAUGCGUGUAUUAUGGCUGUAUCAUAGAAAUAGCAAAGAAGUAUGCGUGUAUUAUGGCUGUAUCAUAGAAAUAGCAAAGAAGUAUGCGUGUAUUGUGGCUGUAUCAUAGAAAUAGCAAAGAAGUAUGCGUGUAUUGUGGCUGUAUCAUAGAAAUAGCAAAGAAGUAUGCUUGUAUUAUGGCUGUAUCAUAGAAAUAGCAAAGAAGUAUGCGUGUAUUAUGGCUGUGUCAUAGAAAUAGCAAAGAAGUAUGCGUGUAUUAUGGCUGUGUCAUUUAAACGAGCGUGCAGCUCAGCUACAACACGAUGGAGAAGGACUGGAUCAGUCAAACACUUACAUCUGGGUUACAGCCUUAUAUAUUAUAUAGAAAUACUGUCGGUAGACCACGUCUCUACGGUCAUCAUGAACGAUGGCAACAGGGACAACAGCAUGCGUGCGUGUCUUUGGUUAGGCAUGAGCGCUACAUAACCUACAACCUAGCUGCUGUCCUCUCAUCAUCACUAUUUCUGAUUGGUUGCGUUUUUUCAAUACUUCUAACAAACCAUAUAUAUUAUGACUGUAUCCAUCAUGAUGUGAGGAAUGCGGAAAUGUUUUAGGAAAGGACUCCUUCCUAUGACUCCUUCCUAGUACUGUAGAAGGGAGGCUCCUGGAGUAUCGUAUAAUAGCUGCUACAAGUAGCAGGCAUCGCCUUGUGACUCACAAUUAGUAUGUUUCAUCAGCAGGGUUAAAAACAAAGGAAUGCUAGUAGGGGGAGGAACAGUAACUCACUGUCACGUCUUCAAGAAAUCGCCAUCAGAUACCUCAAGACUGAAGGUAAAUGAAUAAAUGAAUGGGAAUCAAAUCUUCUUCGUCUAAGUCUAGCGAGAUUUACACGAAAGACGGUCGAGAGAGGUUGAAAAGAGCCGCAGAGUUCAAGGACAUAGGCGCAGCGAUUACACAGCAUAGCCAGGAGCUUUGUCUUGACGUCCUCUGGUCGAUGUUUCUCAUAAAACAGCAAUACUUUUAAGACAAUGAAUGUAGUUGAGGCUGUAACAAACUUCACAUUCUUCACUAGGUAGUUGUACUUACUUACUGAAUAUAAUUUCAGGAUGAAAGAAAUCUUUUCUGGCUCGUCAAUGGUCCCGAACGCUCACUUCCUCAUAUGUGAGCCCACUCCUAUCCUAUCCCAGGAGAUCAUGGUGACUAUUCAGUACACAUAACGGCCGCUCCACCUGCUCCUCCCGGUGAGAUAGAUAUGUGACGCCGUUUAAUGCGAAUAGAAUAAGUAAUCUUACUCGGUCUUGCAGCCUUAAAAUUUUCUCUAACCAUGCUUGUAAAAUAGACACAUCGACCUUACAGCCUUAAAAGGUUUUCUAAUCAUGCUCGCUGAGGAUCGAAAGGGAAAGAGCAGCUGCGAGGCAAGCAAAGACUAUGGCCAAGAUAGAAUGGUAAGUCCCUUCUUCUAAAAUAGUAGUAACUAGGAAUUUGUGAUAGAAUUAAGGCUCAACUUUCAUUGGUCAUAGAGGUUAGUCACUGAAAUCGAAGAGGGUCCCUCUGAGAGAACAGGGGAAAAUGAAGGGAAAGGGGAGAGCCUUGGAGGAGGUCUCUUCCGUUCAGAGUCAGUGACCAAUGAAUGCUGAGCUUUAAUAGAAACACCCUAUCCUAUCGUAUCCUAUCCUAUCGUAUCCUACAUUCUUUGUAGAGUAAUUUUCUGUAGUAGGGAACUUUGUCCCACUGAGCAUUUUUCUGCCCAGGUAGUAGAGUGGGUGAAUUUACACAUAAUGAUACUUCUGAGUGAUGAUUAUAUGAUCGUUCUGAUUUUUAAGAUGAUUUUGCGGAUCCGUGUACAUCUUCUAUAGCAUAUUCUUCAAGCACUUUUUUAUUGAGUUCUCUGCUUCCAAGCUUAAAACUGUACAGCAACAAGGCACCUAGUACACCGUAUAAGGUCGCGGAAAGAAGUGGGAUCAUGGGUAAAAAUGUUGCUCGUGAUAACACAUGAGGAGAGUAUUCAACACGAGUCUCGAUUAAGUGUAGUGGGGUCACGGGUAAUAAAUAAGUAGUGUUAGUUCAAGUCUCUGUUAGUUUCUAAUUUACAUCUAAAUCUAAGGUCAAAAUCUAAAAAAUCUCAAUUUCUAAUAACUAGGAUGCAGAGGCACGCGGAACGAGAAAUGAUGGAAGUGCUGAUUAAGGGUUACCGAGUUUUUACAUCCCGCACGACGGACGGACCGUCCUUGGCAAGCUCUUUUCUACUCGAAAAAGGCUCGUCCAGGGUGGAUGUUCUGAGGGAUGUAAUUCUACAACUUCUAAGGUGAGUUGACACCACCUCCAGAGAUGAGUUUUCUGGAGGAAGAGGAUGAAGAGUACGCGGACCUCCUAAGGGCUGUGGAGAGAGAGUAUCGGAUGGACGAUGACGGCGACGACAUUGGUGAAGAGUAUGGUGCUUCGCCAUCCUGUGUGCCUUAUGUUCUUGGGAGAAGAUGAUGAACAUGAAACAAUCCCUCUCCCUCAUGCACUUAGGUAGCCCCUAUACCUCACGAAUAGGCACAUCAAUCAAAAAAUCAAUCAUUUGCAGGAUGAAAGAAUGAUACUAGAGAUAUCUUCACUAACUGUAAGUCCCGCCGAUAGACUGGGAGAACUACGCGGGAUGUCAAUGAGUGGAUUGGAGUGGUCAUGGUCCGUGAGUGAUCCGUCCUCGCCUAUAGGAUCUUGAUCUUCUAGUAGAGCUACGCCUAGCGUCCUCCCCUAUAGGAUCUCGAUCUUCUAGUAGAACUACGCCUACAACUCCACUUCCAGACUCUUCUCAGAACUUUUGAGAGUCUGGAGUUGGAGCUGUAGGCGUAGUCCACUUCCAGACUCACUCUCACUCAUUCACUCUCACUACUCACUCUAAAACUGGCGGUCGUGCAAACCACGGGCGCCACAUCCAGACUCACUGGCGGAUGCUGAAACCUCCUCCUCCGACUCUCGUCCUUCGGAGGACUCCGAACUACCCGAAGAUAGCUCUCGUGGCGAGUCCCUGGGUCCAGAGUUGUACUCCACUAGACACGCAAGAAUGUUCAGAAACGCGACAAGAAUAGCAGCGAAACUAUCUGCGCCUUCUGUUGUAUCCUCUUGCC